AUGUCUUCUGGAUCAUUUCCGUUUAUAAUUCCAGAAAGUUUACGACCAAAAAAAGCAUCAAACCCAUCAUCGAAAUUGUCCGGUAUCACACGGAAACCCUACACUCUACCAAGACGUAAAGGAUACAACGAUUUGGAUGAUCCACUUGGUCCGUCUUCAUCCUCAACAUGUCCAUCUUCACCAUUCAAGCGUUCAGUCGAUGUAAGGCUUGCAAGUGGCCGGAAUUCCGUAGCACGUGCCGCACGUGUAGUCCGAAAGAGGAUGUCAUCAACACAACAUGCCCAAAAUAUUUCACAAGAUCUGCCUUCAGCAAGUGUAAAACCAUCGCUUUUUGCAAGUGUACAACUUGGGAAGCGUUUAAACGCAUCACUUCGUGGUACCUUACACAGUGGUGUCGAUAACAGAUUCACUAGCGUAAUGCGUACAGUUGAGCCAUCAAGGCCGUGGGCACGUGAACCAGCUGUUAAGGAAGAAAAUGUUCCAAAGUUGGAACGACAUAUUGAUAAUACAAAAGUAGAAUCGGUGACUGAAAAAGUGUUGCUACCAAAGGGCGCAGUCGCACGACAGUUGAAACGUAUGAUUGGACGAGUUUGUGAAACUGACUAUGAUAAAUAUCAGUUGCUAGACGAACGUGACCGUUUGAUGCAUAGAGGACGUUUGAAAAGUACCGAUGUUGAUAAUGCAACUGUUAUGCAGGGUUCUUGCUGUGAUAUGUGCCCAGAAAAAGAACGCUACAUGAGAGUAGUACAAAAACGUCUCAGUCCUUAUGAAUGCCAUGAUGAUGGAAGUAUUGCACCCGAACUGACUGUGAAAGAAUACAGUAGAAGUGCAGCUGAUCAGGAGGAGCCGCUGCCUCAUGAGCUUAGACCGGCAGAUGUCCUUCAGCGAACUAUGAAUUAUCUUGUCGGAAAAAUUGCUAACCAUGUUCCGGAAACAGAUGAGGAAUUAGCACAAUGGUAUGAUUUUCUGUGGAAUCGAACACGAGCUAUCCGAAAGGACAUAACGCAGCAAAUGAUGGUUAACGAAACUGCUGUUACUCUAAUCGAACAAUGUGUCAGACUGCAUAUCUUUGCAUCUCAUCGUCUUUGCGAAUUGAAUUUCAAUGAAUUCGAUCAAAAAAUGAAUACGGAGAAUUUGUCUAAAAGCUUGCAAAGCUUGCGUUAUUUGUAUGAUGAUUUGGCGAAGAAAGGGAUCCAUUAUUCCAGUGAAGCAGAAUUUCGUGCUUAUGAAAUUAUGCUUAAUCUCUCGGAUUCCAAUGUAUUUCGACAAGCAUUGACAUAUCGUAGAGAAAUUCUAGAAGCAGGUUCAGUCCGAUUAGCAAUUCGUCUAUUUACAUGCUUACAGAACCAAAAUUAUGUUCGGUUUUUCCGAUUGCUGAAGAAUGAUGCCACUUAUUUGCAGUGUUGUCUUUGUCACCGAUUUUUCAAUCGUAUGCGUCAUCAGGCAAUGUAUGCUAUAUCACACUCAAUAUUCAUAAUGGGAAAGUAUCCAGUGAACAAAUUUGUCCAGCUGUUGGGAUUUGACGACCGUGACGCAUCACUACAGUUUUUGGGUUGCUACAAUGUUCGUCGCAAUAAUGAUAUGGAUACUGGCGAAGAGUUGAUGCAUAUGUCAAAAGCUCAAUUAAUUGAAUCAAUUGAAGAACCUCCAUCGAAAAUUCAUUUAUGGAUUGAGGCGAAACGUGAUGGAUAUUCAAUUCCAGAAGUAUUAAGUGGUUGUCAAGAUGUUGAAGUUGAAAUUGUUACUCCAUUGAAUUCGUUCGACAGAAAUGGUACGUACCUCUUUGAUGUCGUUCUCGAUAACUAUAUUAACGAAAAUGGAGGAGAACAAUUAACGACGGAUGAAGAUGAGACUGUAACUUUCGCAUUUACGUUGCCACAAAGAGAAAAUAAUGCAAUCAGUGUAUUGGCGGAGAAGUUAUCAGAUGAGAUCAUAGAAGAAGAAGUUACGAGGUUAUGCAAGCUAGUGUAUAGUAAAUCAUUAGCUCAUUUGCUGACUACUGUAUUAUACGAUAGUAUCUUGGAGGAUUGUUUGAAGCCAUGCUGUCAGGAGGUUAUGAUCGUUGCUAAAUUAUUGCAUCGUCGCAAAUUAGCUGCUGAUGUUGCGAAACAAAGAGAGGAUGAAAUUCGGUUAUUGCUUGAUUCUCUGAACAAAUCAAUCUUGGAUGAAGUUAUUGAUACCUUUAUUCAGGAUAUCAGUAAGAAAUGGAUAAUAAAGUGUCAGCGAGUACAUAACGAAGAACUUAUAGAGGAUAUUGGAAAAAGCUUCUUGAACGAUUUGUUAGCAGGGGUGCUAAUCAAAACAGUCAGGAAAAUAGCAGAAAAAGAAAUAGAAGAAGGUGUGAACUACGUCAAGCAACGUUUGAAGGAUAUAAAUGAACGACUGGAUAAAUUAUGGCUGAAGCAAUUUGUAAAUCGUUGGCGAGAACAAAUAGCUUACAGAAAAGAACAGGAGCGGAAGAAGCUGGAAUUAUUAGGGUCAUUCCCUGUCAUAUUACCAGCUAAAUCUGGGUUAAUUUUUCGUCGAAGAGACGGCUAUUCGUUAGAUGAGGCAUUACAGCUCGAUUGCAGUUCUCUGCUUUUUGAACAGAAAAUAAACGCCUUUAUUAAAAAAAGACAUGGAAGAUUAGCACGAAAAGUACUAAUAAAAUGGCGUUUAUGGACUCAUUUACAAAUUGAAAAGCGGGAGUUUUUCACUAGUACAUACACGAGUUCACUAUUGAAACGGAAAAGGCUGCAUUCUAACAAUAAUAAUAUUAUUGCAAAAGAAAAUGGUGACAUUCGUUUAGCUGCAGCACUUGCUGAUAUGGAAUGCGAACGAUUGAAACCGUUUUGGGCAAUGAAUCAAAUUCGCAAUGAUUUGGAGGAUAAGCGCCAAGUGUCUUGGUAUGAAUCAUUAGCUGAACGUUCAUCAGUAUUGCUGAAUUUUUUCGAUGAACAAACACUUGAAAAAGGAGUAGAAAUAGCGGAACGAAAUAUUCAACGUACUGAUUGCACAGAGAGAUGGAUGACGAAUAAGAACAAUCUUGAAUGCAAUGAAAGUUUAAAUAGUCUAACGUACAAUCCAAGUCAACAACAGUAUUAUAAGAAGAAUAAUGAGUUCAACGUGCAAAAUGAGGGAUAUUGUCUUCCAGCAAAAAGAGAAUGCAAAAAUUUGGAAAACUUGAAGAAGCGACUGAAAGAUUUCAAUAAUGAUCUGGACGAUGCAUUCAGGGACAUGGAAGAAAGAAAUCGACGAUACGAUGAAAUUCUUAAACGUUUAAGUGCCGAUCAAUAA